CACAGUUCUAGGCAGCACUGCGCUCAGCUCGACGCGAACGAUACCUAUUUGCACCAACCGCGUUUGCAGGCACAUCGUUGUACUAGCGGUCAGGAUGAGCUGAGCUAUUCUCCUAGCCAAGUACUAUCUAGGACUAGACUAGGUGGAUAAGGUACGUAGGAAGGCUUCAUGUUCUUGUGUUAUGCCUAUUGUGGGCAGAUUCCCAUUCAGCUCAGCUCUUUGUUUACAUGAUCACCUGAG